AAGACAGCUAGCACUGCUGAAGUUAGAAACUUACUUUAAACAGUUCCCUUGUCUUCCCUGUCAUUCUGUAAAUACUACAUAUUCUCAGCAUUUAAUGAGAUUUCAACAUCCUGCUGUGUAAUUUUGAGAGAUUUAUCUUCCUACAUGAAAUAGACAAGCCCUAUUUCCUGCCCUGCUGAGGAUCUACAAUCUGGACAUUUCUGAGAAAUUUCCAGGGAGGAUUGUCCAUAACUUUAGAGAUAAUGAGUGAAUACAAGACAAUUGUUCUUCAACAAGGAUUAGAGGAUGUGGCUGUGGAUGACUACCAGUUUAGGAAAAUCAAGUCCUUACUAAGACAAGAACUAAACCUAACAAAAAAGAUGCAAGAUGAGUAUGACAAAAUUCAGAUAGCUGACCUGAUGGAGGACAUAUUCCCAAAAGAUGCUGGACUGAACAAGCUGAUAGAAGUGUGUCAAAGAAUUAAAGAACUUGAAAACCUUGCUAAAAGGCUUAAAACAGAAAGAGCCAAAGUAAAAGGAAAAACCCCACUGAGAAAAAGGAAGCAAGAAGCAGGCUCUGAUACACCCACAUCGACUACAAGCAACCCUGCAACAUCUGAUGGAGGGGAGACUUCCACAGCUCAGAAAAGAAAAAGUAUUAAUAAAGGAAAGACUGGAGCAAAAAUGACCAAGCAGUCUGAAGGACCAGAUCACCCUCCCUGUCCUGAAGAAGCCACAGCCAGCUGCCAGUCCCCAGUGCUCCAGGUCUCAUCUUCAGCUUCAUCCAACACGCCUUUGGCUAAGAACCAAAAAACACAGAUCCAAACUCAGAGCAUUACCAGAGGUGCUGUUCUCCAAAAGGAUGACAUGACAGUGAUGGUGCUCAAUGCAAUAGACCCAUUUGAAUAUGAGUCAUCAGAAGGAAAGAAGAUGUUUCAUGCUACAGUGGUCACUGUGAAUGAGUAUUUCCAUGUAAAAGUUUUCAACAUCAACCUGAAAGAGAAGUUCACAAAAAUGAAUAUCAUUGUCAUCUCCAAUUUCAUCAAGUUCAAGGGAAUCUUGGAAAUAAAUGAAGCUUCAACUGUGUGUGAUGCUGGUCCUAACCAAAAGAUUGAAGUCCCCAAGUGUCUUAUCAAAACAGCAAAUGAAACUCCCAACAUCAGUCAUAUUCGAAACGGUGUAGCUGGAACUGUGUUUUAUGGAUUGUUUAUAUUACACAAGAAAACGGUGUACCCAAAGAACACAAUCUAUGAAGUAGAAGAUAAUUCAGGAAAGAUAGAAGUUGUAGGGAAUGGAAAAUGGUACAACAUCAACUGUGAUGAAGGAGAUAAACUUCAACUCUUCUGCUUUCAACUGAAAACAAUUAACAAGCAACCUAAGUUGGUGUGUGGUGAUCACAGUUUCAUUAAGGUCACCAAGGCUAGGAGAAAAAAGAAAAUACCUACUACCCAUUUGAACCCAAAAGAUGAAGGAGAAAGCAGCUACCUACUAAAUCAAUUCAGUGCUUUUAACAGUGAUUUUUUUAAAAUAGAGCCACCAAGCAAUUGCUCCAGGAUUCUUCUCUAUGCGUGUUAUUUUGCAUGUGAAGAGCUUCUAAUCCAAACCAUUAAGAUUGGCAAAGCCCUUGAAGUGAAUCCAGUGGCUGCCAAACUAAGCAUUUUGAAAGGAUUGUUCAUAAUUGUAGAGAUAAUGAGUGAAUACAAGACAAUUGUUCUUCAACAAGGAUUAGAGGAUGUGGCUGUGGAUGACUACCAGUUUAGGAAAAUCAAGUCCUUACUAAGAAAAAAACUAAAUCUAACAAAAAUGAUGCAAGAUGAGUAUGACAGAAUUCAGAUAGCUGACCUCAUGGAGGACACAUUUCCAAAGGAUGCUGGACUGAACCUGUUGAUAAAUGUGUGCAAAAGCAUUAAAGAACUUGAAGACCUUGCUAAAAGGCUUAAAACAGAAAGAGCAAAAGUCUGUGUGAUCAGAGGGCUGCGACAGGGUUGUACUGGUUUAAAAAGAUGUUCCCAAGAUGGAGAAGCUGAGUCUACUACACCUGGAAAGGGCAAAGAAUCCUCUGAGGUAGUGCCUGUACCUGACUUGGUACCACUGGUGGCCUUCUGGCCAAUGAAAAAAAGAAAGCAAGAAGAACCCAGUAGUUCCCGAUCUCUUUCCACUGAUAAUGAAUCAGCCAUGAGCAAGCCCUCUUCAGAGAAAAAGAGAAAACAAACCACAAAAACUGAAGGUGGCAAGAAAAGGAAGCUUACCCAGAAGCAGACUCAGUUUCUAGAGUCUUCAGGAUGCAACCCACAAAAAGAUGAAUGUUGUCUUCAGACUCCUCAGAAGCCUCCACCAACACCAUCCAGCAGUUCCUCAAACAAGAGUACUAUAGAGACACACGUUUCCCAGAAAAAACACCAGCUUCUAGAAUUUUCAGCAACCAGCAACUUUUCAGCUGCCAGUAAAUUCCAGACUCUUCCAGAAGUUGCAGCAGCCGCAGCUUCACCUAACAACCUCCAGACUUCUCAGAGACCUGUAGGAACAUGCUUCACUUUGAAAAUGUCUUCAGGCUCUCCAGCACCACUUUGCCAGAAUUUUCCAAUGUCUCCAGCAUCAGACUCCAGCAUCCAUCUGAACUCUCCAGUGCCUCUAACACUGUCCAGUGGUGUCCAGGCUCCUGAUGUACCUCCAGCAACAAUAUCUGGUAAUAGCUGGGUCCCUCACAUGCCUUCAGAAACACUGUCCAGCUCUUUCAGUGCUCCUCAGAUGUCUCCAGUAUCAGUGUCCAGCAGUGCCCAGAAUAUUCACAUACCUACAGCAGCAACAGCCAAAAGCAAACAGUCUCUUCACAGUCCUCAAGUAACAACAUCCAGACCUGCCCAAACCCCUAAAGGGCCUUCAGCAACAUUGAAAAGUGAAGCCCAGUCCAGAACGAUGACUCCAGCAAUUGCAUCCAGCAAUAUUGAGGCUCCCCAUGCUCUUCCAGAAGCAGUGUCCAGAAAUGACAGCACCACCCACACAUCUCAAAGAGCAACAUCCAGUGGCACUCAGACUCUUAACUCUGCUACAGUAAGAGCACCCAGGAAUGCCAAUGUCCCAGGUCCCUUAGGAACAGGACAUGUUUGUUUCCUAGCUUCUUCGGCUUCUCCAGCAACAGCAUCUAGUAGUCUCCAGACUUCUCAGGUAUGUCUACCAACAACGUGCAACAGUCUUUCAGCUCCUCAGGUUUCCAUACCAAUAGGAACAAGCAGGGCCCAGACCACUCAAACACACACAGGGGCACCAUCCAACGUCCAUGCUCCUCAAUUGCCUUCAGCAACAACAUUAGAAAGUCUCCUGGCUCUAUGUGGAUCUCCACCAAAAGCGUCCAGCAGACUCCUGGAUCCUCGUGUGUUCCCAGCAAUGGCAUCCAGUGCUCUCCAGGCUCCUCUGGUGCCUCCAGAAACAGUCAGCAGCAGUCUAUCAAAGACACCAAAGAAGGGAAACUUACCAAAGGAGCCUUCUAAGGUGGAAGGUCACCAUCGAGUUCCCAAAGAAGUGGUGGUGUUGAAAGUAACAGAACCAUUUACUUACGAUUUGAUUGAUGACAAAAGGAUGUUCCAUGCCACAGUGGCUACUGAGACUGAAUUCUUCAGAGUGAAGGUUUUUGACACAGCCCUAAAGAACAAGUUCAUCCCACAAAAGAUCAUCGCCAUAUCAGAUUAUUUUGGCGCCAAUGGGUUUCUGGAGAUAUAUGGAGCCUCCUGUGUGUCUGAUGUCAAUGUUAACCAAAUGAUGGUUAUCUCAAAUACACUGAGGAGAAGAGCCAAUGGAACUCCUAAAAUUAAGGAUCUUUUCUCUCAAGAAAAAGGGACAUAUGUGAAUGGAGAGUUUGUGGUAACUAAGAAAAAUGAAAGGGGUGACUUCAUUUACUAUGGGAUUGAAGAUGAUACUGGGAAAAUGGAAGUGGUGGUCUAUGGACGACUGACCAGUAUCAAGUGUGAGCCAGGCAAUAAACUUCGACUUGUCUGCUUUGAAUUGACCUCAAGAGAAGAUACAUGGCAGCUGAAGUCUGUAAGGCACAGUUACAUGCAGGUCAUCAUUGCCAGAAGGAGAGGCACUCAACCCUGAUUCAGUUAUGAAAACCUCUAUAGAACCACACUUCUGACAAUCUUAAUGCCAAGGAUACUGUUUAUGGAGAUAAGAAACAAGUCCAGAGAGUAAAUGUAUAUAUGACCUGUUGAAAUACCACACCUA